AGACUGAGAGGACUCCAUCAUAGAUACCCCACCAAGACCAGGGUCUCUCCUGCCCCUUGUCUGAUCUUGCUCUCCUUCAGUUCUUUUACACAACGGCAUUCCUGUCCCUCAAUGUCUCGUCAGCAGUUAUAUAAUCCUGUUUGGAGAACCUGAGGGCUAGAUUUACCAUUCGGGUUGGGUUGGCAAAGACCUUAGUCAGUUUGGCACAGGCUAGGAAGAGAGAUGGCUGUGCUGAAUGCACGCAGUGUUCUGGUGACUGGGUCCAAUCGGGGUAUUGGCUUGGAGCUGGUGAGGCAGCUGGUUGGGAAAAGUAACCGGCCAGAAUGGAUCUUUGCCACCUGCCGGGACCCAGAGGGACCACGUGCCCAGGUGAGCUCCAGGGUGGAACUUAGGGUGGGUUUCCCUUUGAUGCCAAGGAGAUUGUGCCCUGGUCAGUAGAGGUGCCUCACAAGGCUCUUUAAGUUCCACUUUCCUGGGGUAGGUUAAGUGGCUUGGAGAUAGUUUGCAUGUCGGCUCAAGCACAGAUUGUUUACCCUUUUUGGGGUACCUUUGCUGAAAUUUUUCCUUGCAGAGCUAGGAACGAAACGCUGGAAAGAUGUUAAUUACUCCCACCUGAAGAGUAUUUAAACAGAGAAGUAAAUAUCCUGAUGAGUGUUGGAGAUAACAAGAAUAAUUCAGAUCCAAAGCUUCUGAAAUACAUACCCUGGGGUGAAGAUUACUAAGGAGUCAAUUACAUUGAGCAGAGUGGUUAUUUUUUCUGGGUCAAAGUGUUUAGGAUUAGAAUAUUGCUAAACAUAAUAAUUUGUAUUGAAACAAGUGUGCCAGGAAACUGAUUUGUGAAUCCAUAUAUUAAAGUAUAACACUCUAUUUUUCAUCUGGGGAGUUCCUCUCCCCAGCUAAGCAAGAAGCCCUCUUUCUCCAGCUCCUUGCUAGGCAGUCCUUCCUAGGGACUUCACAACAAGCCACAAACCCCUCUUUUGCUGUAAACAGCAGUGUAGCAUUGCAACAUAGAAAUGCAGAACCGAGAAAUGAUUGCAGAUAUGUAGUUUUGUACUCUCCUGUUGCAUGGCUCAAAGCAAACAAGUUUAUUUUUAAUCUCUUGGCUGGAAUAGUUUGUUCUUUUAAUUUAGAGAGAGAAGUGGUUUGGAAUUGAUUUUUUGGUGGAGAAACAAAACUGCAUGAAACCAGAAGCAAGUGUUCCUUGUGAUCUUUUCUGAAAAUCAUACUUGGACCCUCUUACAUGGAAGCUCUUUCUCUGUUCAUAUAUUAGAAAAUAACACUGUUUUUCAUCAGGGUUGCUCAGUCAUAUAUAAACACAUGCUUGGUAGCCAAAGGCAAGAAGGAAUUGCAAGCAGGCAAGUGAGUGCUCUGUCCUUCCUCUAUGCCUAACUGCUGGAGGAUAGAAGCCAAAAAUUAUAUUGGAUUAAGACUUGUGGUUCUCUUGGGGGAGGUUUGUUUUAUCUCUAGUGGUGAAAUCUGGUUUCUCAGAACUGCAUGCAAAAAGUUUGAGUCUGGAGAUUGCUAAACAAUUUUUAAAUAUAAGUUUGUAUAUAAGUAGCAUAAGGAAAACAAGAAAGUUGACCAAUAAAAUGGGGAAAGGCAAGAGUGCUGCCCUGUCAAAUGACUGAGUGCAUGCUGUUUGUGACAAGAAAAACUUAAGCUCAUUACCGUAUUUUUCCUCUCCAUAAGACGCACAUGACCAUAAGUUUUUAGAAGAGGAAAAUAAGAAAAAAAUAUUCUGAACAAAACAGUGGAUGUAUGAUUUUUGUGGUUCAUGCUGUGGCCACAGACAUGUGAUCUGAUGGUGAAUUUGGGGUGACCCAAUGUAAAAAUCCUGAGGAUCCAUGGGCUUUUACCUCCCCCCUCCCAGGCAGCCUCCGCUAGCAUCCCUUAUCUCUCUUCCGAUCCCACUGAUCAACUGUUUCCUUUCAACACUUCCUUCCCUCUUGUUUGCCUUAGCGUCUUUUCCUUAGCUGGAGCAGUUUUUUGCUCCUCCUUUUCUUCUAAUUUCUUUCCUUAUUGCUUUAGUCUUCCUGUUUCCCCCCCUUUGCAAGUUUGCUGUCUUUACCUCCCCCCUCCCAGGCAGCCUCCUUUAUCUCUAGCAUCCCUUAUCUCUCUCCCCGAUCGGCAAAUGUUCAGCGGCUUUGUUUCAACACCCACUCCCCCCUUUUUUUUAAAAAAAAAGCAUGAUCUGCUUUUUGCCCCUGGGCAAUUUGGCGCCAGGGACCACACAUUCACUCCAUAAGACACACAGACGUUUCCCCUUACUUUUUAGGAAGAAAAAAGUGUGUCUUAUGGAGCGAAAAAUACGGUAAAUGAUCCAUAUAUCAUGCAGACAUGAAUUCCAUAACUACUGCACCAGUGUUGCAAAUUGCAACCAGUGUUGCAAAUUGUUAGCAUUGGUAUAGGUGAUAAAUAUUGCUUUUAAAAAAUAUGAAGCCCAUUGGCCUGUUGGCAGAUCAACUCUGCAUAACGGAGUUGUCUGCAAACAUGACAUGAAGGCUGGCAACAUUAACCCUGCUGUGUGAGAAUCCCUUGGAGACAGUCAAGUUGUAUAGCUACUGCAGUGACCAGAGGAGGAAUGGCUGCUGAGAGGAAUGCAGAAAGAAGAAACAUUCAUGGUACACCUGCAUCAGCAAAACAGGAUAAUAAUAAUAGUAAUAAUAAUAAUAAUAAUAAUAAUAAUAAUAAUAAUAAUAAUUUAUUAUUUAUACCCCGCUCAUCUGGCUGGGUUUCCCCAGCCACUCUGGGCGGCUUCCAACUGAAUAUUAAAAACAGUACAGCAUUAGACAUUAAAAACUUCCCUAAAGAGGGCUGCCUUCAGUUGUCUUUUAAAAGUAAAAUAGUUAUUUAUUGCUUUGACAUCUGGUGGGAGGGUGUUCCACAGGGCACAGGAUGCCUUCAUUUGCCCCAGCUGCAACAAAACAUGUCUCUCCCAUAUUGGUCUCUACUGCCACAGCAGGCGCUGUAACUCUCCAAUGGUUUGACUUCAUCCUCAAAGGCACACUCUUUCACUGACAAUUGGUAACCGUUACCAAACAUGAAAUUUCUAUACUGUCCUUCAUCCGAGGAUCAACAUGCAACUGUGAAAAUUGUAUUUUCUAUCUGCAAUAAUUGAUGACAGAAGAAAAUUAUUUCUUAAUAAAAGUUGUGUGAGGGAGAUUCAGAAUUCUAAGUUAGUUUUAGGCUUUUUUUCAUUCUGGUUAUACAUAAUUCUGUUCAGAUCUGCAUAAAUUCAUACUAUUUCAUUCAUUUUUAUAUUUCCUUUCACUGUUUGUAAAGAGGAGAAACCUUUUUAUAGGGGCAUGCUGUGAUUUGUCCAGGAAAUUCAGCAUUCUAAGUGCGUUUAUUUUGUAGUUGAUUUGCUUCCAAGUUCACUAUUUCUAUUUCUGCUACCUUGCCUUACUGUUAAUCUUUGUUUUCUAAUGAUCUAAUGACUGGGGACAAAUAAAUAAAUCUGAUAUGACAAUCAACCAUUUAUUGGAUUACUCUUACUGGUCCAGUUGCUCCUGUGGUUUAUUGUGACUUUGGGUUUGAGUCCCAAAUAUCUGUUCUUUGCUGUCACACAGAAGGAAGAAACAUGGUAACAACAUGAAUGCCUAGUGGGAAAGCACCCUCCUCCUCCUAUCCUGUCUCAAAUAAUCCCAUAUGCAGGACUUGAAGUUCCAUUCUUUCUCUCCUUUUUUAAAUAUUUCAGGAAUUGAAGAAUUUGGCUGCUAAGCACCUGGGAGUAGAGAUUCUUGCACUGGGUAAGUGCCUGCUCUCUCCACCCACCCCACCUUAAAUUCCCUCAUCCUAAAUUACUGUCUACAAUAGCUAGAAUUCAAGGCCAUCUCAUUCAAGGUAUUUUGCAGGUUACAUGUGCAUUGUUUCUCCAGUGCUCACUUAGGGAGCUUCCAGAUGGGGGCUCAAUACUGCAAAUCAGUCAUUUAGAUGUCACAAACAGGUGGUUGGCUGAAAUAAGUAUGGUUGGUUGGGUUUGUUUGCUUAACCACUUGGAUUUUCCACAGAAAGGGGAAGAUCUAGACUAAAUCGGGUAGUAGCAGGGGGAGGGGGGAGAUGCAGACUGGCAUUCUGACGCCAACAAUGUCAUGUAGAAACUGCAGAAAAAAUUGAAUGUAUGAGGAGUUCUAAUGCCACAGUAAAUGCCUUCUCAAAACAACUUUAGAAUACAAGAACUCGAAAAAAGUGUUGGAUCCAGGACCAAAGCAGAAAAGCUAAUAUUCUGCCAGGUAGAUAAAAAGAGAGAGAGAGUAUGUUCCUCUAUUUGGUAUAAAUUCAGUAUGUUGCAGCAACUGGCAUGCAUAGUGAGUAAACAGGCAAUGUAAUAGAACAAACACAGGCAUUAAGUACUGGCAACUGUAUAGGCAAAGCCUGGCCUUGAGCAUUCUCAAUCCAACACUGAGAGUUUCUCAGAACAACAAAUAUAUUUUUAAUGAUAUAAAAAAGGGGGAAAGCCCAAUCAUCCAGUGAGGACUGUAGUUGUGGAAUGUUGUGUGUCAGUUAAAAAUGAAUAACAAUGGAAAAGCUGGGAAAUGAGACAUUUUUCACUUUCACAAGUAUAGCAAUGCCUAUAAAACACUGCUAAUGCCAUGACCCCUGAAUCUAGUAGUGAGCCAGACACAGGUUGGGAGGCUGCAAAGAUACUAGCUAAGGAACUGGACAAAGUUCAAGUCUCUGAGGGGCUUGUUGGGGACCAGGGGAGCAUUGUGCCUAAAGCCAGGGCACUUAUGAGUGUCUUUCCCUGAGCCUGAGGAGCCAAAUGCCUCCCACCACACAUUGCUGGUCCAGCAGUGCACUAGGAGGCUAUGGAACACAAGAGAAGUGUCCAUCUUCAGGUCAGAAGGAUAGCCCUUUAAGGCUCUGAAGUUGUUCACAAUGGGGUGGAGGCUAGAAAAGGUAGUCUGGAGGUCAAGAUUUAUUAUUUUUUUUAAAUGAUAUUUAUUGAGAAUUUAAAACUACAGAGAAAAAAGAAAAAAAAGGAAAAGAAAAAAAGGUAGACAAAAAAAGCAAUUGAACAAUACAAGUCAAUAAAAAGAAAAAAAGAAAAAACAAAAUACACAAUACAUCAAAACCAAAAUCAAAAACAAACAAAAAAUUUAAAAACAAAUCCAAUAUUCCCAAAUCUUUAUCUUCCGUUAACUUGUUUCAUCGACCUCCUCACACCUCCCUUUUUUGUAUUCUAGUUAUUAAUUAUCUCAGCAAAUCCUUUCCAUCUUUCACUAUAUUCUGUCAUUAAAUUACCUUUAUUUAUUUUAACUUUAUCUUACCAUGAAAAGCCCUAAAGCUUAAAACUUAAAACUUAUUUAUACAUAAUUCCUUUUAACAUUUCUACUAAAGCCAAAUAGUUUCAUUCCAACAUUUUUCUAAUACUCAUUAAUUUUACAAUGAUUUUCUAAAUGAAUUUUUUAAAAACUUUCUUCCAAUCUUCAUCCAUCGUCUCUUCUUCCUGGUCUCGGGUUUUAUCAGUCCUUUCUAUCCCUUCCAUCUAGUCCAUCAACCUGGUGACCUUCUAUCCGAGGCUCUUAAGUCUUUUCCAUGUCCCUUCUGCAGGUCUUCUUCAUGUUUAUACCUGCACUUUACUUUGUCUUCUGCUGAUCUUAUUCUUAAUUUCCUUCCUUUCUCUCGGGGAGACUCCAACUUGACAAUAUCUUUAUCCCUUCUCAACAAGUCAGCCCAUUCUCCAUAGUCAGCUCUGAAAUCCAAAAGAUAUUUGAAGGCAUGUUUCAAAGUCCCUCCAAGGUUAAGGACCCCCACAACUCCAAACUCCCCCUGGCCCAAAACCAAAUACGAGAAGUCAAAACAUCCCUGCAUAGGGGGAUCUAUCCAACUUCUCAUCUCCAAACCAAACAGUACUCCAUCUCUCCAAAUCUGACUUUCUCCAGGUUCAGUCAUCAAAAACAACAACUUAUGUUCCUGCAAGGCCGCAGCUCUCUCCAUUUCUAUUACUUGAGGUUCAGCAACAACCUCCUCCUUUAUCUUCUUCACAACUUGCCCUGUCAAGGCACAUUCCUGGACUAAUUCCUGAGUGGUUUUUAUAUGGGUAUUCACUGUUUGUCCAAAUUUGCCAACUGCAACAGUCAUCAAAUCCAUCUUCUCAUGUAACUGUUCCAGUAGAGCACUUGUCUUGCAAAAAACAAGCACUAAAGCUUCUUCUGGGCACAUUCUUGUUCAAGGUCAAUGUCUGGUCUCACGAUCUUAAUCUCUACAGCUGUGGAAAUCCCCAGAUCGACUCCAGCAACAGUUUCACAAGCUCCCUCUAGAGGAAACAAUUUCUGUUUGUAUCCGUCUUUUUUUUUUUUAAAGCAGAUCCAGCAACAAAAUUUCUUUCUUUUUUCAGAUAUUUUGUUCCUUUUAAGUGCAAAAGGGAACAUUGGAAUCAAAAUGUUUCUCUUUUUUAACUAUCUGUCAAAAAACGUUUUAUCCACAGUCAAUGAACUUCCCAAAACGUCUGUCUCUGACACCCCGCUCCCAGGUUCAAGACGGUGGAAAUUUAUCUUUCUUUACUCUCUCUUCUGCAGGUUUAAACAGUCUAAGAUUUCCCCCCUCUUCUCCUGCUUCCAAGGGGGGUUUAGUAAUUUUAACUGAUGGAAAUUUAGUCCUUUACAAACGACUUUCCAGACUCUAGCUUGCAAUGUCUUUGCUUCAAUCUAUUUACAGAAGCGGAAGGUGGACUUCCUGUUUAGACCUUCCCGCUUCAGUGCCAAAUUAAGAAGUUUCAUAGUCCGAUUUUCCGUUCUACUCACGGGCAGUUGUUUAAAAUCCAAUUGUCCACAGGAAAAAGUCAGCGCUCUCCGGCAACAGCAAUGUGGCUUCACUCCGUGAAAAGAGCAGUCGAUUUGAAGCACCGCGCCAUUCACCCCACGUCGCUCCGGAUCCCUGAAACCGGGUUUCCCCGCGAGUAGGGGAGGCGCAAAAGGUGCCAGCCGAAUCCCACGUCCACAGGCUUUUCCCGCCUGUGGUUUUUAGUGGGUCUCUGCCUCGCCGUGGCAGUCCAGACCCUAAUUCUCACGAAGCAGAUUCCUCCUGAUCAGAGGAAAUCUGCCAUUGCCGGAGGCGCUAACCCGGAAGUCCCUGGAGGUCAAGAUUUAAAAGGUUUCAGUCUGGUCCUAACCUUCAUCUGAGCAAGUAGGUUACCUAGAGCUAUCUGUGGUACUAUUUCUGUCCAACACAUGUAGACAGAAGUUGUUACUUAAAAGUAAGAAAUACCUUUAUUCAGACAAAUAAUGGUGCAGGCUCAGCAGCAGAAAAAUUACUCAGGAGUCAUGAUUCAGAAGUUCAGGAACAACAAAAUAAAUUCAGAAUUGGACGGAAGUGAUGAAGAUGUCCCAACAAGUUUCCAUGCCCCACCUACCAAGCUAUUAAAGACUAAGUGUGGUGGAUUUACUCAUGGCACUUGCUUGCCUUGAUGGAAUGUUGGGUUUGCAACCAUGUGUUUCAUUGGGCUGGGUGAGUAUGCUCCUGUCUACAAAGGUGGCACCUGGUUCUAGGCAACAAGACUGCAUGCUCCGGUUCAACUGCUGCUUCCUGUGUCUUUGGUGGCUCACAACCCUCCCCAGCCUCAGCUGGGAAGCAAGGGAGAGCCAGCGCCCCUGCUUCCCCUUCUGAAGCAGCUGAGACUGGGGUGGAAAGGGGAAAUCUCCCCUCCUCUAACCCAGGAUCCCACAAUUCAGCCCCUCCAAUUUUUCUUCUUCCCCUUAUGUCAGGGCUUGCUGUCCCAGGCUCAAACCCAAGGUGCUGCAGAGCUCAUGACACCUUGCUGCCUUCUCUGUGGGAUACCUGUACAGUUCUAGCAAACAUGUGCUUGUACAUUGCGUGCAUUUUAUCUGCUAUACAUAAUAUAUAUGGCAUGUAUGCAUAAAAAUGUGCCAAGUAAAUUAAUCCAUAGUCCUCUGGAUUUCCAGAGCAAGAAGACUGCAGGUACAGAGCAAUAGCAGUGCUGGUGAGGUCUGCAGGGUUAGAUCUUCAUUCACUUUCAUUUCCUUUAAAAUUUUUUUGCUACUGUAGAUACUUCCGAGCCAUCUAGUGUCAAGGCUGCUGCAACCCGAGUCACAGAGUGGUUGAAGGGAGCUGGGCUCAAUCUUCUGAUAAACAAUGCUGGGAUUAUAAAGCUAAGGACUCUGGAAACAGAGACACCAGACAGUAUGGCUGAGGUAUACAAAACCAAUGUGAUUGGAAGCAUGUUGGUGACUCAGGUAAGACUCUUUGUCUCUUUGUUACAUAAACUUUUAGGCAUGUUGCAGAGCCCUUGACUUUGGAAGGUCAUGAUGCUGCUGCUUUCUGGUUGUUGGGGUGAUGGGUCGGUGUGCCUUUUGCAUUGAGAACAUAUGAACAGGAGGAACUUUUUAUAGCUGCAUGACACACCAAACUUUAACGGUAUUUGUGGUUAUGGAAGUAAAGUGAUGAGAGAAGGUUGCGCCUGAUGAACAGCUUCUGCCUGGGUGACCUGCAAGAGAACUUUGGGAUGCCACUGCAUGUAACUCCUGGGCUUAUGUUUGUCCUCACAGUGAGAACAUUGAACUGGAAAGGAGAUACACUGACCUUCUCACUGAUAUAAUUAUCUAGACCUACUCCAAUCCAGGUUCAGAACUUGAUUUGUGACUGAAUCAGCCUUGGUUAUCAGUAGAGGGUCAGAGAGAGUGCAACCUUGCUGCUCCUGCUUGAUCUCUCAUGACCAUAGACGGUCUAUGAGAGAUUGGUACCAGCAGCACUAUUCUGCAGUAGUUGCAGUCUUAUCUGAUUAUUCUUGAGCUAUGGAGUGCUGCAGGACACUACAUGUCUCCAGAGUUAUUUAACAUCCAUAUGAAACCUUUGGGUGUGGCCAUAUGGAGAUCUCACACAAGGUCCAGCUCUAUUUGUCUGUAACUUCAGAAUCAGGAAUGGUGGAACAGGUCCUAGACCGGGGUCUGGAUGCAGUGAUAAGCUGGAUGAGGGCUAAUUGAAUCCACUUUAUUUUUCUUGCACCUGGGAGCCAUAGCCACAUGCCUCUUUGUUCCAGGAAGCAGGAGAGAGAGAAAGGGAGGGAAGCAAGGCUGCUGGAAGCCUGUUAAGCCACAGCCACUGGCAACUUGUGCUCAGGGCUAAGGAUAACUCUUUCAUGCAUACAGGCAUGAGUCAAUAAUUGAAUAUCACAACAGAAGUUUAUUAGUUUUAAACCUGUCUUUUGCUAGUUGGGGGGGGGACUGUUUGAAAACCAUUUUUAUCUGUUUUUCUGGUAUGUUUGUCAAUUGCCUUUAGAUGAAUGGAAAAGGUGAUUCAUAAAUUAAUAAUAAUCAACAUUCAUUCUACCCUUUCCUUAUCCAGGCAUUCCUGCCCUUGCUGAAGAAGGCAUCUCAGGAAAGCUCCCAGAAAGGGAUGAGCUGCAGCAAAGCUGCCAUUAUCAAUGUAUCCAGUGAAGCUGGUUCCAUUAAAAAUGUCCUUGUAUGGAAUGUAGGGCAAAUCAUUGGUUACCGUUGUAGCAAGGUAUGGAGGUAACGGUGGUUGGCUCUGCAAUCCAAAGUUUGAAAAUAACUCUCAGUUAAUUUCACCUUAGGGUGCUGAAAAGGUUCUUAGAAAAUCCAUCCUAUCUUGACUGUACCCAUUUUUGUUAGUAACAUUCAGACACUUUCAUCUGUUUAGAGUUAGUGCAUGCUGGCCUAUUUAUUUAAUUUAACAGAAUAUAGAUUGAUAGAUUUAAAAAGAAUCUCUAAGCACAUUACAUAAAAUAAUAGAUUUAAAAAUAAAUAUAUAAUAUUUAUUUAAGAUACUGAUAGCAUACUUUUAAAACAAACUGACAUAAUUAAAUAGUUGUAUUUGAAAAAAAGUAUAGAUAAUUUAUAUAUUUUUUUAAAAGUAUACAUAAUUAGGAAUGGACAUAUGUCACUAAUUUCUGGUUUCUUGCAGCUUCUCAUUUUCCCAGCCUUAAAUUCAAUCAUCUUCCUUUCUGCUGUAAUGUGAUUUUUCGUAUUAAAAAUCAUCACUCCGAAUUUUUCUUAACAGACACAUUUUUGAUGCAGUUUUCACUGAUACAUGUUUGUAUGUUAUUUUUACAAAUAUAAGAAUUUUAUGUACACUUUUCAAUGUAUGCUAUAUGCUUUUUGUACACAUUGGUUCAAGAACAGAGCCACAAAAUUUAGAUAAGUGUAAAUUUCGAAAGGAGAUUUUUGUAUUUCAGUUUGUGUACUGGUUUGAGUAGCUUCUCAUCAAAAUAUAAACAGAAUUGAAUUUCUACCUGCUUCUGGUAUGUCUCUCUCCUAGGCUGCUCUGAACAUGCUCACCCGGUGCCAGUCCCUGGGAUAUGCCAAAGACAACAUUCUGUGCAUCACAUUGCAUCCUGGGUGGUUACAGACAGACAUGGGAAAUAAAUUGGUAGGUGAUUCAUGUAUGGGGUGUUAGGGGAGGAGUAGUACCUCUGGUGGGGGACAUGUCAUACUCCUUCUGGACUAGUUUGUCCACUUCUGCUCUCCACCCUGCACUAAACUCUCACCUGUGGCUCCUAGAAACUAUCAGCAUGUGACCUGACACAUAUAGACAAUUGCAAAACAAUAAGGUCUGGGUGGCGCUGUGGGUUAAACCACAGAGCCUAGGACUUGCUGAUCGAAAGGUCGGCGGUUCGAAUCCCCGCGACGGGGUGAGUUCCCGUUGCUCAGUCCCAGCUCCUGCCCACCUAGCAGUUCGAAAGCACCUCAAAGUGUUUCUGUGUGCUGCGCUGGUGCUGGUUCGCCAGCUGUGGCUUAGUCAUGCUGGCCACGUGACCCGGAAACUGUCUUCGGACAAGCGCCGGCUCCCGGCCUCUUGAGCGAGAUGAGCGCGCAACCCCAGAGUUGGUCACGACUGGACCUGUUGGUCAGGGGUACCUUUACCUUUACCUAAGGUCUGUGCUGCCUUUAAAAGUUUUUUUUUUGUGCUUCUGGAAUUUGCUUCCUUACUGUGGGUGGGUGUUUUAAACUUCUAUUUAAAAAUCCACCCACUCCUUUUACUUUCCUAACCAACUCAGCACUAUAAGGCUUUCCAUUAUUAAGAGUCUCACACAAUGGCAGCCCCUCUCUCAAGCCAUUCAGAUACCUUGUAUUAUUCACUUCCCUCUUUCCAAGUAAAUGAAGCAGCUAAAGGCUCCUCACUUUACAAUUUCCCUAUAGUGUUCUAAACCUCUUUUAAGCUUCAUUAUAACAUCCUUAGGAAAAGCAAAGUGUGCUUAAAAACAAACAAACAAACAAACAAACAAACAAACAAACAAACUGUAAACAAAUGCAGAUUGCUUUUCUUCAACAAAUUCUGUUCCUGGAGAGCUGAGUAAAUUCUAUAUUUGCUCACAGCAGAAAUUUCUAACAUCCCCACUUCUUCCACCCUUUAGUUGCGGGAACAAUCAAUAUAUCCUUAGUCUCUGCUUCCCCUUAACCAGGUACUAAUCAAUAUGAGGAUGUGUGCUCUCUCUUGACUUAUUCAUGUUUGUCAUUAUUUUUUCUCACUGUGCAAGACAUUCAUUUAUUUUGCACAGUACAAGUCACUCGUCUAUUGUCUUUCCAAAGCUGCAAUGACACCCAUAGACUUAUCUCCCAUGAUUUAAAGAAUAUUUAGUGAGAUAUUGUAAUAUAAGAUAAUUAAGAAAUCCCUAGAAGUAACAGAUUAGGAUAAGGGAUAGAAAAGAUUAAUAAUAAAGAUUAUUAUGGAUUACAAUUGGAAGUAAGGUUAAGAAGUUUGCAAUGAAAGAAGAUACUGAUGUUAUAAAUAUGAAAUUGGGAACUGCUAAAUAUGUAAUAUGAUGAAAUGCAGAUUGGAGGGUGUCGAGGAAGUUUCUUAGCAAUGUAAAUAGACCAGGGAAUAAGACGAAAAAUUUGUUCUUUUAUUUUGUGUAUUUUUAUUGUUGUUAAGUUUUUAUGUUGUGUCAAAUGUAAUGUUUUUCUUUUGUGUUUUUGUCUAUGUGUUAUAAGAGAAAACUAAUAAAUUUUGGGGGGCAAAAAAUGAAUUUGAUUCCCCUGGGAAAGCAACAGCAUCUGCAAUGGAACAUCAAAUUUUGAGGUCCAGUGUAGGUUAGCCCUAGGAUCCUUUGGUGGCAGACUUUGUGAGAAACUUUUUGGAUGUAUGUAAUGUCUAUCAGACCAGCCUUAUCAAUGCACAAGUAGAAGAGCUAUCAAGAAUAUUUCUCUGUUUUCCUCUCAUAGGCUGUUAUGACGGAAAGCUCAGGUAGACCAGAGGUCUGGUGGGGCAGUGGAAUUCCACCAGAGUGGUGUAGCUUACAGAGUGCUGGGCUGGAGACUCACUUUGAUUGUCUGCGGGUACAGCUAGCCAGAGGGGGUUGGAGACAGCACUUUGUGAGAGAAAAAGGAAAGGAGUGGAGACUGUGGUUUCUGGUGUUCAGCUGGAUAAGAGGAUAGUCUCUGAGCUUUGUGUGUAACAUCCAUCCUGAGGGAAAGAUCUACAACCAGAGAAAUAAAUUUCUGAGCUUAGAUCGAAAGACAGCUAUUAGUGUCUUUUGAGAGUAUACAGACAAGCCCUGCUUUUCUACUGGUGGUACUCAAGGGUACGCAGUAUCCGCAACUUUUUAUGGAAGAAAAGCAUAGGUUAAAAGUGUGCAUUUACUGUAACAACUUCAUGUUGUUUACCUGCACCUUUUUUUCUAGAAGAAAAGCACUACAGACAAGUGAGAACUGGGUAGCUGAAUUUGAGACAGGAGAAGUGGAGUUGUGAAGGAACACUCUGCUUGGGUCUCAAUUCGGUAAGAAGGGAACAGCUCUUCUGGUGAGAGAAGAGUAAUCCCAAAACCAGCUAGGAGGGGUGUAGCAGUGAUCCUCUGGUCUGGUAUACUAAUAGAGGAGCCUCAGGAGUGAGAUUUAUAGGAGGCUGGGAAACUGACAGAAACUACCACCUUGUUUCAGAACCUAAGCUUUAAGACUUAAGCUGUAACACUUCAGUAAAUAGUUUAAGAAAUUGAAGGGGAGGGGAAGCUAUAGAUAUACCAUCUUGAUUAGACGCCUGCAACAUCCACUGAAUUUAAUAUAUAGCAGUUUACUGUUUCUUGGUAAACUUGGUAGUCUCGGUAAUGGUGCCCGCCCUAUGGAAUGCCCUCCCAUCAGAUGUCAAAGAAAUAAACAACUAUCGGACUUUUAGAAGACAUCUGAAGGCAGCCCUGUUUAGGGAAGCUUUUAAUACUGGAUGAAUUUUUAUGUUUUGCUGGAAGCUGCCCAGAGUGGCUGGGGAAACCCAGCCACAUGGGCGGGGUAUAAAUAAUAAAUGUAUUAUUAUUAUUAUUAUUAUUAUUAAAAGAAUUAUGACAAACCAGUUUUACCAAUUUUGUUUGUAAAAUAAUAUCUUUUUCCUGUUUAACUGCAAGUUGUUGUGUCACUUUCCCUAUUCUCUUUCCAGGGGAAGCCCCCACUGACUGUGGACCGCAGUGUGCAAGAAAUCCUGAACACCAUUCCCUCUCUCUCUGAGAAAGACCAUGGCACAUUUGUGAACUUGGAUGGGAAAGUCCUUCCCUGGUAAAACACCAAACAAUCUGCUUGUCUGCACUGCAGAAGGAACCUCUCACUACCAUAGGCAACAAAAACACCUGAGAAGAGAUGCUUUUUUUCUACUUCUUUAAAAAAUACAUAUUCAGCUGAAACUCUCACCAUCUAGCCUUCCUUUGAACUAUUCUGUGUCAUGAGGUUAAUUCCUAGUGGCUUUUGCAGUCUCGCUUGCUUGUAUUUCUUUUUAACAGUGCAAGUCAUCUGUUAACUCAUUUAUUCAAACUAGUUAGCCUCCACUGCACACAUGUUAUGGAUGCUUCCAGAUGUGGGUGACCUAGCAACAGCCAGUGGUUGCUGUUCUGCUUCAAGCAAAAAGCAGAAUAACAACUAUUCACUGAGAUUGCUGGAAUCCAAAUAACAUUGCUUGGCUGAGUAGAUAGUCUCCUUUCCCCCAGCCUCAAAUGUUUGGAAAGGGUUAUUUUGGUGGACUAGGGCAUGUGGAGGCUAAACCAGUCAAUGGGGCAGUCUUCCUCUUCCCCCACCAAAGCAUUUGAAGGGUCACAGCUAGAGAUUUGCUAUACCUAAUGCAUAUAUUUGGAGAAGCGCUGUAACAGCUCAGCGGCAGAGCCUCUGCUUUGCAUGCGGAAGGUUCUGUGGUCAACCCUGAUUCCUCCAAGAAUAUAGAAUCAUAGGAAUGCCCCUUGUUUGAAAAUCCAGACAGCCUCUGCCAGUCAGUGUGGACAAUACUCAGCAGGAUGGACCAAUGGUCUGACACAGUAUACCGCAGCUUCCUUCCUAUGUUCCUCCCUCAGGGGCUGGCCCAACCGUUUGGCAGAGGGAGGCAGCAAGUAAACAAAGCUAUGUGAGCAAUUAAAAUCAUCAAAAUGAAUGUAAGGAAGAAAAAGUUAGUAGGCUAACUGUCUAAGUAUGAAAUGGUUGAUUGCAGUAAUAAAUGAUUUUUUGAAUUCUGCAAAUAUUGGAUAAUUUUUAAAUUUUAGUAACUGUAAAAAACAUGAUUGGAACUUACUAUGAUUUGCAAUUUCCUAAUAUUGUAAGCUGUUCUUUUUGCGUUUCAAUAAAGUAGGUUUGCCUAUCU